UCUAAUAAUUUGUUUUCUUCCGGUUUGUUUGACAUAUGAAAAUGUUUCUUGUGGUUUGUUUGUGAAUACCAUCCUACACUUAUAUAAACAUGUUAAAAUGAUGGCCUCCUACAAUCUUGGACACGCGGGGUCACCGCAACGUCCAAGCUGGAUGGAUUUCUGUGAUAAACAUGCAAAAUCGGCGUCGGAAGAAUUUUUUACCAGCUUCCUUAUGUAUCUGAAGGCCCAUCCCACUUCUGAAUUUAGGCCAAGGGAACCAGCAGACUUCGCUCGGAAAUUUGUUGACUUAUUUCUGAAGUAUUUCGAUAUAAAACUACGAAAUGACUCUACCUUCAAUUCUUCGGUAACUGACAAACAGCCCAUUGAAGGUGCUACUGGUUGGUCAGACUGUCAAUCUAACAAUGACAGUUCUCAAUUCAAUGGUGGAUUUGGUCAGGAGGAAUCAUUUGCCCUCUCUGCCAAUCAUGAGGGCUUUACAGAUUCUGACAAUACGCAUUCACAUGAUGAUGUGUUUGAUGAAUCUGGAAACAAUCAUAGUGUAACGCCAUCUCGAUCGGCAAUCAAAUCAAAAGGAAGUUUGUUAAAAAGGUUUUCAUUUAAGAAAAUAACUGGAAAACAGAGAAACUUGUUUAAACAAGGAUCAGAUGAGGUGGAAUUAGCUUCAGGAUCAAAUGAAAAUUAUUCUAAGGAGAAAUAUUUGCAAGAUCAAAAACAGUUAAAACGCAGCAAACGACGCCAAAAAGAAUCAAAACACAAGUUGCCAAUGUUCACACAUGCUGCUGAUGAAGUUAAAAAAGAAGGCAUUGUUUAUGUUUUAAAUGGUGAAGACUCUAAAGGAAAAUCUAAAUGGGACAAAACCCGUUUAGUGCUUUACCAAACAGACAAAGAUUUCUCGUUGGAAUUUUUCUCACCACCUAAGUCAUUACAGCCGAAGCAGGGCUUGUUCUGUACGAUGAUUACUGAAGCUCGAGUGACCACUGCUCUGGAAAUGCCCGACCAUGAAAAUACAUUUGUCCUCAAGUGUGAGCAAAAAACGAAGCGGAACACAGAACUGGUGAUGGGCCAAGGCACAACAGAGAUCAUCAUAGAAACUACGAGUGUGCAGGAGAUGACGUCAUGGUUGAAGGAACUGAAGUGCUGUAUUUCCCCAUCCCCUCCGGCCAUCAUGGAUGAAGCUCUCCCUGAGAGUCGACCAAGACUUGCUUCAGCUCCAGGGGACACAAUUUACAGAGAAGAAUCAGAAUCGCCCAGAGUGCCCCACCGUCAUCGUAGUACCUCCCAGGGCAGUGUGAACAGUAACCCUCCAGAAAUCCCACCCCGACCCCAGGGCUCUAGUCCCCGGUCACCAAACUUCCCGGGUGGAGACUUAGAUGGUGAGCCAGGCAUAGAAGGUCUUUUGCGUGAGUACCCCUGGUUCCAUGGCACACUCAGUCGACUGGAGGCAGCGCAGCUGGUACUGCAGCAGGGUUCCCUCGGUCAUGGCGUGUUCCUUGUGCGCCAGAGUGAGACGCGCAAGGGCGAGUAUGUCCUCACCUUCAACUUCCAGGCGAGGGCCAAGCAUCUACGCAUGACAAUCAACAAUGAAGGCCAAUGCAGAGUGCAGCACCUCUGGUUCAACACCAUAUUCGACAUGCUUGAGCAUUUCCGCACGCACCCAAUACCUCUUGAAUCUGGCGGGUCUUCGGAUGUGACUUUAACAGACUAUGUUGUGUCCCUGGAUAGACACCUGACCCCUUCGAGGGGGUCACCGAUCCUUGGUGCGCAUCAUAGGUCAAAUUCGAACCCAAAUGUAAAUUCUUGGCAAAGUGGGGACAUGCGAGACAUCAUCGUUAUAAGCGGGUCAAUACGUGCAAGGACAGAGUCAAUUGAAAACGUUAUGCGAGAACAAGGGCAACAUAGCGGGAGUCAAGGCAAUCAAGGUCGAGCCGUGGAAAAUCAUUACUCGUUUGUCUGACCAAUUGUUUGCUUUUAGAUUUGUUAUACCUAGGCCCAUAUUGAUGAAGCUCAUAAACAGAAAUUCAUUAAAUCUAAAAAAGCACUCAAGUUACUGUUUUUUCAUGCUGGUUGAGGUCCAUUUACCUUAAAAUGUUUUUAAAGCAGUAAUUAUUGCUGAUAUUGAUAAUAAGUUAGCCAUUUUAAAGCAAAAAACAAUGGCUUUUAAAUAGAAAAUUUGAUCUGAAGUUAUAUUGUUAGUACAACUUUAGUAAACAUUUAUUUUGGGGCUUAUCAAUACCUGCCUUGGGGCUAUAUUUCUAAACCAGCAGAUUUUUUGUUUAUUAUGCCCCCCUUCGAAGAAGAGGGGGUAUAUUGCUUUGCACAUGUCGGUCGGUCCGUCCACCAGGUGGUUUCCGGAUGAUAACUCAAGAACGCUUGGGCCUAGGAUCAUGAAACUUCAUAGGUACAUUGAUCAUGACUCGCAGAUGACCCCUAUUGAUUUUGAGGUCACUAGGUCAAAGGUCAAAGUCACGGUGACCCGAAAUAGUAAAAUGGUUUCCGGAUGAUAACUCGAAAGCUUAGGCCUCGGAUCAUGAAACUUGAUAGGUAGAUUGAUCAUGACUCGCAGUUGACCCCUAUUGAUUUCCAGGUCACUAGAUCAAAGGUCAAGGUCACAGUGACCCAAAUAGUAAAAUGGUUUCCGGAUGAUAACUCAAGAACGCUUAGGCCUAGGAUCAUGAAACUUGAUAGGUAGAUUGAUCAUGACUCGCAGAUGACCCCUAUUGAUUUUCAGGUCACUAGGUCAAAGGUCAAGGUCACAGUGACCCGAAAUAGUAAAAUGGUUUCCGGAUGAUAAUUCAAGAACGCUUAUUCCAGUAGGAUUAUGAAACUUCGUAGGUAGAUUGAUAAUGGCUGGCAGAUGACCCCUAUUGAUUUUCAGGUCACUAGGUCAAAGGUCAAGGUCACGGUGACCCAAAUUAGAAAAAUGGUUUCCGGAUGAUUAGUCAAGAAUGCUUAUGCCUAGGAUCAUGAAACUUCAUAGGUAAAUUGAUCAUGACUCGCAGAUGACCCCUAUUGAUUUUCAGGUCACUAGGUCAAAGUCACGGUGACCCGAAAUAGUAAAAUGGUGUCCGGAUGAUAACUCAAGAACACUUAUGCCUAGGAUCAUGAAACUUGAUAGGUAGAUUGAUCAUGACUCGCAGUUGACCCCUAUUGAUUUUCAGGUCACUAUAUCAAAGGUCAAGGUCACGGUGACCUGAAAUAGUAUAAUGGUUUCCGGAUGAUAACUCAAGAACGCUUAAGGCUAGGAUCAUGAAACUUCAUAGGUACAUUGAUCAUGACUGGCAGAUGACCCCUAUUGAUUUUCAGGUCACUAGGUCAAAGGUCAAGGUCACAGUGACAAAAAACAUAUUCACACAAUUGCUGUCACUACAACGGAGAGCCCAUAUGGGGGGCAUGCAUUUUUUACAAACAGCCCUUGUUGAUUAUUAUUUUUCAGCUAAUAAAAUAUUAAUUGGACUUCUGCAGUAUAGAAAUAAAACAGUAUGUUUUUUAAAAUAAAGUGUGUUACAUUUAAGUCAAGAUUUCUUUUUAAAAUAACUUAAAGAACUGCAAACAUUAGUUUAGUUGAAAAUAAUGUAAAAAUAUAUUAGAUAUAAAAUGUGUCAAUUUAAGAUAAUAUGAGCCUUGUUCUGAGAAAACUGGGCUGAAUGCAUGUGCGUUAAGUGUCGUACCAGAUUAGCCUGUGCAGUCUGCACAGGCUAAUCCGGGACGACACUUUCCGCCUUAUCUGGAUUUUUGCUAAAAAGAAACUUUCUUUAAACGAAAACUACCAUCAAAGCGGAAAGUGUUGUCCCUGAUUAGCCUGUGCGGACUGCAAAGGCUAAUCUGGGACAACACUUUACGCACAUGCAUUUCGCCCAAUUUUCACAGAACACAGCACAUAUGUAUGAUUUUUGUUCCCUUGAAGCUUUUGUCAAUAUGGGCCCAUGGCAUUAUUACGGUGAGAAAUAAUGGCAGAUGGUAUGGGAACAAAGGCAUACAAUCUGGGGAUUAUUGCCGUAUAGUUUAUUGCAAAUGUCAUAGAAAAUGUAGAAGAAAUGUUACAUUAUGUACAUUAUUUUAGUUGAUUGCACAUGUCCUUUUCAUGGUUAGGUCAAACAAACUGUCUGCACAGGGAAAGUAUUUGUAUUUUCUCUUAAAAAAUAUUCUGAUUAUUAGUGGUGUGCUUAAAUGUAAAAAAUGGGAAAUUUAUUGAUUUAAAAAAAGAAAAUCAUAUAAGUACAUAUACAGGGUGCCUGAUCAACGAUGCUCACAGCGGUUUAUACACAGGCUAGACAGAAUGCAAACACACCUGUAAGAACGUUAUUAUUACAAAUAUAUCAAGUUAUUGAGAUACAUUUAAAAUCCCUGCAAAAAAAAGUUUCAUGCAGCUUAACUGUGUACAUGAAUGCUUUAGACAACAACUUUUUUGCCAAGAACAAACAGGAAAUAAAGUAAUUCUGUUAUAUUUAGCAUUGCCAUCAUUAAAAAUGUUCUUUUAUGCACAAGUUGAAAUUCUUAGGAUGAAUUGUUUUAAAAAGUUUUUUGGAAAAAAAACACCACGAUGUGUUUACAUGUACAUCCAUAAAUGUUUAAUUGUGAACCCCACAAAGUCAGAUGAUUAUACACCCUGAUAUAGUAUUUCGGGCAUAUAGGUCUGUACAAUUUUCUACACAAAUAUUGAUUGUAUUGUGAAUAUUUUUUUUUCUUGUAUACAAAUUGUUAAGUUUUUGAAUAUUGUAUAUAUUUAUAAAAGCUGUUUGGAAUGUUCUGUAUUUAUGAAGAUGUUUUUAACACAAAUUAUACAAAUGAGCCUGGCACAUUGCAAGAGGGCAGUCUGCUCAGGCUAAAUAGGGACAACAUUUUUUUAGUUUUACCCUCUCAGUGCUGGAACCGAAUUUUGAAGGCCUUUGCAAACAGUUUGGAUCCAGAUGAGACGCCACAAAAUGUGGCGUCUCAUCAGGAUCCAAACUGUUUGCUAUUCUGAUAGUAUUCUUUGAAAAAAAUCGAAGAAAAUGCUAAUUUUAGAAAUUCAGCAGACGACAUUUUAGCAGAUGACAAAUUACCCAGCAUUCAAAGGGUUAAACGGGUGUCUCUUCUUAGCAGAGAGCAUAAACUCUAAUUAGCCUGUGUGGACAUGACAGGUUAAUCUGUGGUAAUAUUUGUGCAUAUAUAUUGAGUCUCAUUUUUCCAAAGCACUGCUAUUGUAUUUAAUUCUUGUAAUUUAUUCAAGUUAAAAGAGAAACUAAGGAAAUAAAUAGAAAGGCUGUAUAUUUAUUUUUUAUACAUACUUGUGUUAAAGGGGCCUAUUACAGAUUUUGGCAUGUAUUGAAGUUUGUCAUUAAAUGCUUUAUAUUGAUAAAUGUAAACAUUGGAAUGUAAAAGCUCUAGUAAAAAACAAAAAUAAAAUUAAAGAAAGAAAAAAAGUAACCCUCAAAUGGGCUCAAACAACUGACCCCUGGAGUACAAGGUGCUUUCACCUACAACUUUGAAACUUCAUAUGUAGAUGCACCUUGAUGAGUUCUAUAUGCCACACCCAUUUUUAGUUCACUAGGUCAAAGGUCAAGGUCACUGUGACCUCUAAAAAAUGAAAAAAUAUAUAUAAAAAAAUUCUGACAAGCUUUCACAGCCGAGCGUGGCACCCGUUAUGCGGUGCUCUUGUUAUAAACAACUGGUAGCAAGAUGAGUUGCAGAUAAUUGGUCAGUAACCACAUUUUAACUAAAUCUUUUGACCUGUUAAUUCUUUUCAGCUCAAUUCAACAGUGAAAAAUGCCCAUAAUAUCACUUUAAAGGAGCAUAUCAAUAGUUUUUCCACUUGCAUACAUACAUGUAUUAAAACAAUGCAUGUUCCUCUUUUAAUGGAUAUAUAUCCCUGUAAAGAUGUUUAAUUUUGAAUCUUAAAGAAUAAUUAAAGACAAUGCAAAAAUAUUUGUGUAUGCAUGACUCAAGAUGACACAUGCCUUAGGUUCAGUGAGAUUGUACCGCACCCCAGUCCUGUUGUUCAUACUGGUUUAUUUGAAACUAGAAUACUGUAUGAACCAUGGAUAUACCCAUUUAGGAUAUUGUUUCUUAAUCAAAUCUUGAGCUUAAAACUGUUGUUUCUCAUCAAAAAAAUAUAUGUCUAGGAUAAUAUUACAAGAAAUAUGUGAAUAAUAUAUUCAGAAGGUUUCCAUAUAGGUUUUUAACAUGUUUUUUUUUUGCUUUUUUUGACAUAUGCAUGUGUUAACACGUUGAUAGCUUAUUAAAUGCAAGUUCUUGAAUUAGUUGGAACGUGUUUCUAAGGCCUGUCUUUUUUUGUGAUUUUUUUCUGCACAAUGAUCUGUAACUGUUUAGACAAUGCUUUUUUUCUUAAAGAAACAUAAACUGUUGUUAAUGUCAGCAUGUUUUAGGCAUGUUUUAGGCAUGUUUCAUAACUUUGAUCAUCCAUUUAACAUUGGUUAUUUGGCAGUGUCAAGAUGUGCACUUGUUUGUGUUAUGCUGUUUCAUUCCAUGCACAAAAUGGUUGUUUUGUCUGUUUUCAUAGUUAUAAUCAUUGUUGCCAUGAUUGUUGUUUUUCUCUUAUCAGCACAGCCAAUCUAUGUUAUGGACAGGGGUUGUAGUAAUGGAGCAUAUUAAGACUUAUUUUGUCCUUAGCUGUAAAUCUGGAAAGUGUCCUUUUAUAGUUUUCUCCGGGUUUAAACGGUACAGAAUGAAAUAACCUUCAAAUGUCAUCUGUCUAAAAAUGUUACGUUCUAAUUAUCCUCAGUAUGAAUUUAAUGGAGAAUACUAAUAUAAAACUUUUGAGUGAUCCUGCAAACGAGAUGGUAUAUUUGUGUUGCACGUUUUCAAAUAUUAUGUUAUUGUAAAUAUUGCAAUACAUCUCAGCUUGAUGCUAAAGUAAGUGUUUAUAUUGCAAAACUAGUAAGAAAAUGCUAGAUUGAGUGUUAAUAAUGCAAUAUUAGUAAAAAUAUACUCAAUUAAGCAUUGCAUUUGCAAUACUGGUAAAUUGAUGCCAAUGUUAAUCUUGUCAUUGCAAUAUUUUUAAAGGGAUGCUAAAAAGGUAUUGCAAUACUAGUUUAUCUAUGCUAUGCAUACUAUUAGUCUGCAUAUUGCAAUACAUCUGUGUAUUAGUAAAUAGUAACUAAGCAACAUGGCAAUAUUGCAAUACUAGUAGAUUAAUGCUAAGGGAAGUGUUUAAAAUGAUAAUAUUAGUAAAUCGAUUCUAAAUUAAGGAUUGAUGUUGCAAUAAAAGUAAGAGUAGGCAGGAAAGUGUAUUUGCUCGUCAUUUCUUACUCAGUUACUAUUGUUUCACACACAAUAUGUAUUUCUGUUUUGUCUCUGUUUCAUUAUUUGUGCUUUUUGUUGGGCCUAUUUGCCAUGAUAAGUUCUUGCCCUUAAUAUUUUGCAGUUUGUUACUGGAUCAUUUGUAAAAGAAAACAUACAUUUAAAUGCUUUUUUUUUGUUUAAUACAAAAAUGCAGCUGUGUUCAAUAAAGUGUAUUUCAUUGAAUGAAUUUUAUAUUUAUGAAUAUUUAUAGUGAUUUCGUUUUCAUGAUAUUGGUACAUUAUAAAUAACUUUUUAUGUCCCCCACUAUAGUAGUGGGGGACAUAUUGUUUUUGCCCGGUCUGUUGGUUGGUCUGUUGGUUGGUUGGUCUGUUGGUUGGUUUGCGUCAACUUUAACAUUUUGCAAUAACUUUUGCUAUAUUGAAUAUAGCAACUUGAUAUUUGGCAUGCAUGUGUAUCUAAUGAAGCUGCACAUUUUGAGUGGUGAAAGGUCAAGGUCAAGGUCAUCCUUCAAGGUCAGAGGUCAAAUAUAUGUGGCCAAAAUCGCUCAUUUUAUGAAUACUUUUGCAAUAUUGUAGAUAGCAACUUGAUAUUUGGCAUGCAUGUGUAUCUCAUGAAGCUGCACAUUUUGAGUGGUGAAAGAUCAAGGUCAAGGUCAUCUUGCAAGGUCAGAGGUCAAGUAUAUGUGGCCCAAAUCGCUUAUUUUAUGAAUACUUUUGCAAUAUUGAAGAUAGCAACUUGAUAUUUGGCAUGCAUGUGAAUCUCAUGGAGCUGCACAUUUUGAGUAGUGAAAGGUCAAGGUCAAGGUCAUCCUUCUAGGUCAAAUAUAUGGGUCAAAAUUGCUCAUGUAAUGUCACUUCUGCAAUAUUGAAGCUAGCAAUUUUAUAUUUGGCAUGCAUGUGUAUCUCAUGGAGCUGCACAUUUUGAGUGGUGAAGGGUCAAGGUCAUCCUUCAAGGUCAAACAUCAUAUAGGGGGACAUUGUGUUUCACAAACACAUCUUGUUCUGUUGAAAAAUUUAUGUGAUUACACAUUUGCAAAUAUAUCCUGUGCACAUUCUUAUCUUAACAAAAUUAAGCAAAGUUGAUUAAUUGUACACAAAUGUAUGCUGUUUACUGUUUUGAUCCUUAAUCUGAUUAUAAUACUUAGGGCCAAAGGAUGUAGAGUUAACAGGAAACAGGCUGAAAAGAAAUCAGGGCAAACAGACUCAGAUUCUUUGUGCUUUAUAGGUUAAAAAUUUCUUUGUAAAAACAAUCUUUUGAUUAUGAAAAAUAUAAAACAUUACACUUAGUACCUAAUUAGAUAACUGUUUAUUAUUUUACACUUUAAAAGACUGUGGAGGGCGUGUUCUUGUCUGAGACCCCCCUUCACCCCCUCCCCCCCAAAAAAAAACAAAUUUCAACAGGUGAGCAGCUUUUAACAUAUACCAGCUAACCAUAGCCUUUGAUCCUUUUAAAAUUAUACUAGCUGAUUGAAUUGGUCACUAGGUUGAUUUCAAGAAAAAGCUUUUCAACUCUCUUGAGGCCACAUUUGUUACUAAAUUGAAAAACAUUUCCGCCAUGAGGAAGGGCAGUUUUCCUGAGCUGGCUAUAGUAAAACUAUUUGAGUCGUGUUCUGAGAAAACUGGGCAUAAUGUGCGUAAAGUGUCAUCCCAGAUUAGCCUGUGCAGUCCGCACAGGCUAAUCGGGGACGACACUUUAUGCUUUUAUGACAAUUUUUGUUUAAAUGAAGUCUCUUCAUAGCAAAAAUCCAAUUUAGGCAGAAUGUGUCGUCCCUGAUUAGCCUCUGCAGACUGCACAGGCUAAUCUGGGACGACACUUUAUGCAGAUGCAUUAUGUCCAGUUUUCUCAAAACACGACUCAUUUGAACACUCUAGACAUCAAAUAUGUAUCCAAAAUGUUAAACUUGCUUGUUAUAUUUUUUCAUGUGUAUAUAAGUUAAAAUUGGUGUAUAUAAAGUGUACACUGGUCUUAAAUUUAACUGAUAUACUGAUUAAUUUGGAAAGAGUUGAUCAGAGAUAACAUACUUCAUGAAUUAAUUGUUUAAUUUAUUGUAUUUAAUUACUACAUGAGUGAAACCAUCCUGCUAUUAUUGGAUUGUAAACAUCUAAUAGGGGUUAUAUACCUAGUUUGUUCAAUAAAGCCCAGAGGUAUCAAAUUAUUAUAGACUUAUAACCUAAACAACUUUCAAUAUCUUACUCUCUGAAACUACCAGGGUUAUAUGCUAAACUUUUUGUGUUCCAUCAAAGUUUGGUCCUCUACUAAUUUUUUUUCAAACCAAGUCACUGGAUUCAAACUUGGUCCCGCCCUAAGGGUUACUUGUGUUUUUUUUUAAAGUUGUUUUAAUAAUGUCUUAGACCAUUUUAAAUGUGUCACUUAGAGUAAAAGAUUAAAGCCACAGUUAUAACACAGUCAUCACAAAAUCGACAUAUAACAAUUUUGUUUGUACAUGUCUCAGGUGAGCGACCAAGGACCUUUACAUCUCCUUUUAAACCAUGCCCAUGUGGUCAGGACUGGCCAUGCUUCAGGCCUAACAUAAUUUUGUAUCAACUUGAUACAUAUUAUAAAAUAUGGUGUCAGAGAAUAUCCCUUGUUAUUGUUGUGGUUAUCUGUUAUCAUAAUACAAUAACAUUAAACUCUAAAGCCUCUAGGUAUUGAGAGGUUUUUAAAUAUGUUCAACCUUACCGCAAUUCAGGUCUAUACAAAUGGAUUCAAUUAAACACGAUUCCUUUCAUUAUAUAAGAUCAUAGACAAUUUUUGUAAUUAAAUUUAUAUGUUUGUCAAUUUAUGUUCCUAUUAAUAUAUUUACCUAUUUAUAUCAUUAUAGCACAUUUUUUAUUAUUAUGGUAUGUUUUUGACAAACAUAUAUAUAUAUUAAAUUAAAAUUGUUUUGUCUUAGACUCAGAUUUUAAGCUGUUGAUGUUAAAUCUAUACAUUCAGCCAUGUAAUAAAUUAUACAAUAUUGUUAGAAUACUAUUAAACAGUAGUAAACUGA